UGCUCAGAAGAGGAUAUUCUCAGUGUAGCUUGAGCUUCCAAUCCGUGAACAACGACGACACCGUGUGCUAGCUGCAUUGUUGGUUUUGCGGACUAUCACCACAUCGACGAGUGUUUUGUAAAGAGUGAACCAAUCAUCCAUCCACUAUCCUCUUUCAGUCGGAGGCCGCCCCGCGAACGUGGUGCACAUCCUCCUUCGCCGCAACCGUCACCACCACCACCACUACCAUCAUCAUCAUCAUCUGCAGGCCCCGCACCGUUUCAGUGAUUUUCAGUCGCGAGAACACCCCACCGUCUCAUGUUACGCGCACCUACUUAGAUCCUUUACUAUAUUUAAGUUGCGCUUCACUACUUUCGCUAUAUUAGUUUAAAAAGUUUUGCCCCCGUUGCACAUUUGAAUCGCCGCUCAAGAUAUUUAUAUUUGGAUUUAUUCGUUUAUUGUAUCUAUAUAUGGAAUCGGCACAUCGAACUUGUUGUUUGUAUAAAUAGAUAUAAGUGUUGAAAAAUCAUCAUGGUGUUGUAGUAAUUAGCAGCACAGUAUGGAAUAAUAGUGCAAAGGACAUAAAGUUGCGAUCGCUAGUGCACAUACACACACUCGCAUACGUACACUCUCAGACGUAUACGUACAUAUACAUAGAAGCGCGCAUAUACAUCAACACAGUAUUUAUAUAUAUAUAUUUGUACUCAUGCAAUCAAACAUACUGGCCAUGCACCAUAUUUUAGCCAAAAAUCAAAUCUUACUUAAACGUAAAGUUCAUAACAAGCAGAUGCAAGAAAUUCUGUAACUAGAAAUCAGUAGAAAACAAAUUGUUACAAUUGGAUUUUGCAAGAAGUAUAUGAAAGUGCGCAUGAGGGUGGGAUAUGCAGAAGGCAAGAACACUGUGCGUGGAAAAUUGGUGGUUUGUGUCGAUAAUGUGAUCCGCGUUGCAUCUGGAACCGUAAGCAGCGCGGACAAGAAGAUCAGAAGAAGAUGUCGCUGAAACAGGAGUUCCAACAGCUAGAGAAUAUUCGGCACUUGGACGCGGCCACAGUGAUCAAGUAUCGUACAAACAGAGCGCCCUGAGAGCCGUAAUUAAGGGAAACGAAACGGACACUCGCGAAGAACUUCCCUAGACAUGUAUAAAUUAUCGUACGAAAAAUGUGUAUGUUUUAUAUUUCUAGUGAUGGUAGUCAUUUUAAGUUGUUCUGGUUUCCGCAUAGAUAAAUUGGCAAUGACAGACAUUAGCAAAAGGAAUUCCUAUACCUCAUCGACUAGUUUAAAUUCCCAUUCAGAUUUCCUCAGUAGACUGGUACAAAAUAGUGGCUUUUCCGAUAGCGCGAAGCAUCAGAGGACUCCGGAAACAUCAUCAACUAAAGACAGAUACCUAGCUAAGAAAUAUUUUCAAAGACCACAUAGAAUUAGACACACCAAGAAACAACAUAAGCAGCAAGCAGCACUGUUCGAACCAGCACCAACGAGUCGGAUAGAUGCAAUCAUCAUUCCACCAUCGGUCGAAUUCGAUACCACUUUUCAAACGAACACGCGAUCAACAACACGCCCAAUGGCAAACGAACAAUUCGCCCAAAUUCCACCAACGGAUCUACUACGACCAGAGAGUCCGACCCCAGCAAUAAUAAUGCGAUCCCAAAGAUCACCCAACAAGCAUAAGAAUCAUCAUCAGCAACGAAACGCCAAAUUGCCUUGCCAGGAGCAAGAUGUCGCAAGGAAAGCUUACUUAGCCAACACAGUUGUACUCGCCAAAGCCGAAAGCAUGAGUUCUAAUCGUGUCCGAAACUAUUCAGUUUCCUUCAAAAUCGUGAAACGUUUCAAAAGUACUCAAUACGCGGUCGACGAUAAUAUAAGACUUACCUUCCUAAACGAGACGAAACGUAUGAACUGUGAAUCCGAACUCGAGGGUAGAAUGCACGUUAAAGCCCAAAUCCAGCAGUCCAAGGAAUACUAUCUUUUCCUCAACAGCCACGGAAAACACAACUACACCGUUCUGGGCAUGCCGGUUCUGAAGCGGAGAAGGAAGAACAAAGAGUUAGAUAGAAUUAUACAGAACAUUGCGAACAAAAAUUUUGAACCGAAAUUGAAAAAACCGAUUUUGAACGUAACUUCAACGAACGUACAGCCGAGAUCGAAGCUCCGGUUACAUUGCAAAGUUCGGGGAUACCCAAUUCCAGUAAUCUCAUGGAAGAAAAACGAGUCACUGUUAUAUAAUAACAACAACACUCGCAUCAUUUACUCAAAUAAAGGCACGGAUGUAAGUGAAUGGAGGAAAUCUACGUUAGUGAUACGAAAUGCACAGGAGAGAGAUUCAGGACGUUACCAAUGUGUGGCAACCGGAGUUAAGGGACAAUGGAUGGCUGCCCAAGAAGAUAUCCAAAUAUCUAAUAAUAGUAAUAAGCAUGGAGACGAAUGCAGCGAGGAAUUCAAGAAAGAUUUUUGUCAGAACGGAGGAACAUGCUUUUACACCUCCAAACUGAAAGAAGUGUCUUGCGCGUGUCCAGAUGGUUAUACAGGAAGAUAUUGUGAGAACAAGGCAGUAUCUCUACAUAUGGGCAUGAAUCAAACCACUGAACAGUAUCGAAUGACGGAUGCAGACAACUUUAAAAUUUAAACGUAUAUCUAUGUAAUAAUUUCUUUCCAAAAAUAUAUGGGGCAUUAUCAAAGCUUUUUCUUAAACAAUUAAAACCAAAGAUGAUUUGCAUAAUUAUGUAUAAAG